UCAGAAAAGAGAGCUGAAUAUGCCUUGGAUCUGAUACAUGUUUUUCUUGAAUGGGAUGUAAACAUGAAUAGAGUUACAAGUCAGUGCUAGGAUUGCAGAAAAUGUAUACAACUCUGGGACUACGUGAAAACUCCCAUGAACAGAAACUCACCCUGAGUGUUUUGAAAUCAGCUCAAAAAUUAACUCUGGCAUAAGUUAUUCCUGUGUGGCCCUUGUGAAGGACACCAUGAUGGAUAACAAACUGCCCGAAGCCUGCAAACAUACAAAAACGGUGGCCCAUGAAGAGAUCCAUAGUGACUCUCAGACCGCUGGAACCAAAGCUGGUCAGAUUCACUCAACAGUACUGAGUUGCUCAACAGUGGUGGUGGAUUUAAGCCCUGGAUCAAGUGAAGGACCCACACGUAGAGAACGCUUUAAAUCAGACUUGCAACAAGCCAGCCAAGAAAUCACAAUACUGGUUACCAAUCAUGAGUCGCCAGAGACAGAAAUGGAGGAAGCUGAGUGGAGUGGAGAAAGUGACACCAAUCCUGAGUGUAUGAGGCCAAGUGAGGAGGACAGUUUUGAUGUAUCCAAGGUGGUGGCAGACUUGAUAGAGCUCAGCCAAAUGCAACAGACCUGUUUGAUUAGCAAUAGUUCAGCAGAGCAAAGCACCAGUUCAGGUGGGCAGAACUUACCCAAGACUGAGGAAUGCAAAGAAAGCCACAAAGAAGAAACACAACCUGAAAGUCAACAGGAAACUGCAAACUCUGGAGCCAGCAAAUCCCAAUCUGCAGAGGGAGUCAUUUCAUCAGAUUCAAAGGAUCCUAGGAGGUCGGAAAAGACAGUGAGCAAUGUGGCACUAAAACAAGUAAAAUCCUUGGAGACUAGAAACUCAGAGGAGGGCAUAUUACCCAGGCAACAACAGCACAUACAGACACAGGUCAGUCUGGAGGUUGUAUACCACUCAGCAGCCACCAGCCCUAUGACCCCUCCCGAAGGUUCCACUGCUUUCUUCUUCCCCUUCUGUCUUAACAAGCUGGGCAAAAGUGAAGGGAGUGAAUCAGUUCCACUGGUAACAAAGGAUGCUGAGCUCCAGGUUGGCAUGCAAGUGGAGUACCGAUCAGUUGCCACAGCUCCCAUGACACCCAUAUCAACAAAUGCACCCGAAUUGCCAGUAGAGACUCGCUCAGUUGCCACAGCUCCAAUGACACCUGUGGUAACAAAUGCACCAAAGCUACUGGUAGAAACUCGUUCAAUUGCCACUGCUCCCAUGACACCCAUUACUACAAUCGCACCUGAACUACAGGUAGAGACUCGUUCAGUUGCCACAGCUCCCAUGACACCCAUUACUACAAUCGCACCUGAACUACAGGUAGAGACUCGUUCAGUUGCCACAGCUCCCAUGACCCCCAUUGCAACACAUGCACCUGAACUACAGGUGGAGACUCGCUCAGUUGCCACAGCUCCCAUGACACCCAUUACAACACAUGCACCUGAACUACAGAUAGAGACUCGCUCAGUUGCCACAGCUCCCAUGACACCUAUGGCAACAACUGCACCUGAACUACUAGUAGAGACUCGAUCAGUUGCUACAGCUCCCAUGACACCCAUAGCAAAAACUGCACCUGAACUACAGGUAGAAACACAAACAGUUGCUACAGCUCCUAUGACAUCCAUUGCAACAGUCGCACCUGAGCUACAACUAGGGACUCGCUCAUUUGCCACAGAUCCCAUGACACCAAUAGUAACAACUGCACCUGAGCUACAACUGGGGACUCGCUCAUUUGCCACAGAUCCCAUGACACCAAUAGUAACAACUGCACCUGAGCUACAACUGGGGACUCGCUCAUUUGCCACAGAUCCCAUGACACCAACAGUAACAACUGCACCUGAGCUACAACUGGGGACUCGCUCAUUUGCCACAGAUCCCAUGACACCAAUAGUAACAACUGCACCUGAGCUACAACUGGGGACUCGCUCAUUUGCCACAGAUCCCAUGACACCAAUAGUAACAACUGCACCUGAGCUACAACUAGGGACUCGCUCAUUUGCCACAGAUCCCAUGACACCAAUAGUAACAACUGCACCUGAGCUACAACUAGGGACUCGCUCAUUUGCCACAGAUCCCAUGACACCAAUAGUAACAACAGCACCUGAGCUACAACUAGGGACUCGCUCAGUUGCCACAGCUCCCAUGACACCAAUAGUAACAACUGCACCUGAGCUAAGGGUAGAGACUCGUUCAGUUGCCACAGCUCCCAUGACCCCUGUUUCAACAACUGCACCUGAAUUAAAGAUUGAGACUCGCUCAGUUGCAACAGCUCCCAUGACACCCAUUGCAACAACAGCACCCGAACUACAGGUAGAGACUCGUUCUGUUGCCACAGCUCCCAUGACACCCAUAGCAACAAGGGCACCUGAUCUACGGGUAGAAACUCGUUCAAUUGCUACAGCUCCCAUGACACCCAUAGCAACAAGAGCACCUGAGCUAAGGGUAGAAACUCGUUCAAUUGCCACAGCUCCCAUGACACCCAUAGCAACAAGGGCACCUGAGCUACAAGUAGAAACUUGUUCAAUUGCUACAGCUCCCAUGACACCCAUAGCAACAAGGGCACCUGAGCUACGGGUAGAAACUCGUUCAAUUGCUACAGCUCCCAUGACACCCAUAGCAACAAGAGCACCUGAGCUAAGGGUAGAAACUCGUUCAAUUGCCACAGCUCCCAUGACACCCAUCAUAACAAGGGCACCUGAGCUACGCAUAGAAACCCAUUCAAUUGCUACAGGUCCCAUGAAUCCAAUCAUCUUAAGCUCACCUGAGCUGAUCCCAGAGCCAGAGCCAAGAGUCAUGUCAGUUUCAGAGAAACCACUUGAGCCAGUACAGGAAGUGUGCUGGGAUGAGAAAGGUAUGACAUGGGACGUCUAUGGUGCCGUGGUUGAGGUAUCGGUCCUGGGCUCGGCUAUCCAAAAGCAUCUGGAGAAACAGGUUCUGAAGAAGCACAUUAAACCACCUGAUGCGACGUCUAACCAAACUUUGCCUCCAAACACCACAGACACUUCUACUCCCCUCCCUUCCAGCCCACCUGCAUUGUCAGCAUCUAGUCGGUGCAGCUCAGCAAAAGGUAGCAGGAAAAAGGAUGAGAGGAAAGUUACAAGAGGCAGACAAAGGAGGAAUUCUUUUCACUCAUUCUUCAGGAACUUCCGAAGGCCGAACUGCUGCUCCCGGGCACACUCAGAGUAG